ACGUAGCUGCCCUCACUCCGGGGCAGAAGGGGGCAGUAGUGCACCUGUUACGCCGGCUGCCAACUGCCGUUACAAAUGAAGAAGAGAGCAAUUCUGAAAAUGGCGGCUGCUUUGAAAGAAAAGGAGCUUGUGCGACUUGUUUAUGAUGCAUUGCAGGCUGCAUCCUGUCCGUUGGUGGAAGGUCUGUACCUUCAGGAGACUGACAGCAUGCUGCAGCUGCUGUGUACUCCCUCUCAGCACCGCACCGACAUACUGGCCUGGAUCUGCAGCAGUAUCAACCCAAAUUUUGCCACUUCCAAGGCGACAUCAAUGAGAUCCAAAGACUCAGAUGUUUUGACUAAAGAAAUGGCCCUGCUUGGGCAGGAGCUGAUGCUGUGCAGAGCAGUCGACCUGGACCUGAUCAGGGGUGAUGCGAGUCUUUACCGGCAGCUUCAGUUCCUGGAGCAGCUUUUAACUCUGGUCACUGGCUGCCAGAAGUCUGCUGGGGACAGAGUGGAUGAAGAGAAGCUACUGAACGAGUUCUACUCGGCCGAGAAUCUGCCUUACCUCACGCAAAUGCUGGAACCCACAUUCGACCCGUGGCCUGAACACAUCAAGGCUUUACACAAAGGCAACAAGUCCUCUCAGAAGCCAAGUACACAAGAGGAUGCUGAUGUUGCCGCCCUUCUACAAGAGACUCAGUCAGCACUGGAGCAGCUACAGUCAGAGUGUGACUUCCUGAAUGAGGAGCAGAGUCCUGGCGUCUUCUCUCCUGGCUCAUUGCGCCUGGCGGCAUGUGACCUCCAGCAGUUGAUGGCUACUUUUAGGCAUGUUUAUGAAACGGACCUGAGAGUUUAUUGCAGCAGAGACCCCCCCAGCUUCAGCACAGAGACAGAUGUCUUCCAGAGAGUACACCAGCUGCUGCUGGCCUGCAACACGGAGCUGGAAAUGCUAACUGAAGUAACAGAAGCUUCUGUUUCCAUGAACGAGGACAUAAACAGGCUACAAACGCAGCCUCGCUACUGGAGGAGAGGAGAGAGACACACGUUACCGGACCAACUAGCAGAACUCACCAGGCGAAUUCGAGAGUUGCUCUCCCCGUGUCAUUCCUGAUGGCAAUUACUUGAAACCACCAGGGUGAAUGUUUCACUGCGGAGGUGCUGAAACUCGGCAUCAAACAGUGGUGACCACUAAUGAUUAUGUUGUUUGAUGUCACAAAAGUUAACCAGUGAGAGUGACUGUUGCUCACACGUAUUUCUGGUGAACCGCACACGUCUUUCUGUUCCUGUGUCACAGUAAACGGUUUAUCACUUUAAAUUCAGUUUGACUGACGUGUGGCUGGUGUCGUGUAAUCAUUCACAUCAUAAUACUGGUGACCAUAUAUUCUACAGCAAUGAAUAGUUUCAGUGGAACAGUAAAUGUAUAAUAACAUUCCUCCUAAUUCAUUUUUGUUUUGUCCCUUGCAGAAAAUGUUAAUAUUGUAUGACUGAAUAAAUUUAAAUAUUUUAAACUGCAA